CGUCAGGGCCAAACUGCAAUGCUGGAGAAGUGAGUUAGUUGUCACGAACAUGGACGCAAUUUGUACUGUUUUGUUUUUCAGAUUGUUAUUCAGACCAAAUAAAGGGAUUCUUAAGGGCUUGGAAGCAGUUCAUAUAAAUACGAAUGCGAAAAAAGGCACGUUUAAGACAGGGGUGUCAAACUCAAUCGCUUGGCGGGCCAAAACUCAAAUCACAUGUCAGUAAGUUUGCGGGCAGAACAGGAUAAGCAUUCAAUAAGCGGAAAAAAUAUAUUUAAAAAAAAACAAACACAUUUAUAUCAAUGAAAAUAGAACCAAAAAUAUUUAAAAAUCAUUGGCAUACCUAUUUUCGUUCUUAUGCCAAUUUGUUAGAGUUGGAUGUUUGGCAGCUUUUCUUGGCAACAAAAACAAGUAAGUUGUUUAUGUUGGGAGUAACUUUAUGUGUCAUUGAGAUUCUCACGAUGGACUGCAAGUGUUCACUAGUGAGACGGCUUCUGUGUGAUGUCUUGUUAAUCUUCAUCACAGAAAAAUCUGCUCACACAUAUAUGUGCUACCCAACAUGCUCAAGGGUUCGAGCCGCAUGGAGACGGAGCUGGGGCAUCUCUUCAGGAAUGAAACGAGUGACCUGUGCGGGCACAACUGUGUCGUAAUUUGCCCUUAGUAUCCCAUUACACUGCAGGUCUAUUAGCUCCAUCUGCAAAUUUACAAGUGUAGUUUCCACGUCUAUGACAAAUGGGUUACGAAACAGCUUGAAAUUACUUUUCUGUGUUUCAAAGUCACUGAAGCGCCGUGCGAACUCAAGGCGAAAUAAGCUAAGUUUUUUUUUUUACCAAAGUGCGCAUUUGAAACCCCAAAGCGUUCACUUGGAUAUAAUUGUUCGCCGGUCAAGACCUCGCCGGCCUGAUAUAAUUGUACGCCGGUCAAGACCUCGCCGGCCUGAUAUAAUUGUACGCCGGUCAAGACCUCGCCGGCCUGAUAUAAUUGUACGCCGGUCAAGACCUCGCCGGCCUGAUAUAAUUGUACGCCGGUCAAGACAUCGAGGGCCUGAUAUAAUUGUUGGGGGGGGGGCGGAUGUUGCCCGCGGGCCUUGAGCUUGACACAUGUGCUGUGCUUUAAGAGUUAAAAGAAAUAAUUCAGAAAUGUAUACAUUGUUUAAAAAAUAUACAAAUGUUUACAUAAUUUUUAUAAUUUGUAAGCUUAAUAAUUUCUGCAGCUGCUCUUUUUCACAUUGAAUAUAUAUAUACAUAUACAUAUAUAUAUAUAUAUAUAUAUAUAUAUAUAUAUAUAUUUACCUUUAAUUAUCCAGGUGUGUGCCAUCACGUACUCAACAUACGACUACAGCAUGAGGUGUCAAAAACAGCAGGUAGACGAUUUUAUUUCAAUAGUUUAGCGUGGAAACGACUCUAAACUUCUAGUAAUUGAGUAGAUACAUUUACAGGAGAGUCAAGUGUCAUUCGUAUUGGGUGUCCGAAGUCGAUGUUUAGAACGGUAACGUAGCAAAGUAGGAUAGACUAUUUAGAGCAGGCUUGCACAACAUACUGCCCGCGGGCCGCAUGUGGCCCGCCAGCCCCCACUUUGUGGCCCGCGAGGCAACGAAAAACUUUUCUUUAUUCUUAUUAUUUCCUUAAUAGCUUUCCCCCUGACCUAUAAUCUUUUGGCCCGAACAAGUCCUGUGUUAUUUUCUUUUGGCCCGCACAAGUUUUUCAUGAUGUAUUUCUGCCUGCCAUACAUUAUGAGUUGUGCAGGCCUGAUUUAGAGAUCAAAGAACUUUUAGUCUGUAUUUAAGAGGGUACACAGCAGGUUCGUCGUGGACGUUUGAAAUGAUUACCGCGGUGAAUGCCUGUAUAAGCGAUGAAGUAUGUGUGGCGGGAAUGAUUUUUCGGGUUACAGAUAUAUAUAUAUCAGGGAUAUUUCAAAAUGAAAACUUUAAUAGAGAAUGACCAAGUAAGGAUCUCUGGCAUAAAAAAAUUGGAUGGAAGAGCGAUAGAAUAUGUAUAAAAGAGGUCUUAAAGAGGACAGAGGGAGUGAUGAAAGAUGGAAAAGGGCAGGAGGAGUGAUGGAAGACGACAGGAAGAAGGAUGGAAAAAUGGCAAGAAGAGGAAUGGAUAAUACGCUGGCAGACACGAUAAAGUGUAGUUGUAGCCGGUGUAUUUAAGCAAUGACUACGCCCAUGACAACUCCCUACCUGUUGUAACUGGUCGUAUACAGGACUGCGCCGCUGCGACGCUGGAGCAGUUCUCACUGUGUCCCCCUGGCGGUGUUGAGGUCGACAUUGGAGUUUGUGAGAUCUGCUGUAGUACGACUAGCUGUGUCCAGGGCAUGAUCAACACGGCGCUUCCACUGGACAACGUCCGUAAGUGAUGGUCUAUAAUUUACCUCUAAUUAAUACAUUUCUUUAAACAAAUAACUCUUAACAUCUUAGAUCACAGAAGUAUAAAACCGUUCGAUAAAAAGCUAUCAUUGUCCCAUACAUUUUCUGUUUGAAAUACGGGAUUAAUAUCUGGAUCUCAGGGGUAUUCUUGUUGGGGGGUCUGUCAACUCCUAACGUCUUCUUGGAUUGAUUACAUUCGCCAGUUCUUUCAUACGUUGAAGCGUCGUACUAUCCUCACUAUCAAUUAACAAACUCAACUCCUUUUCAUAAUAACUAUAACUUUAAUAUCUAAGUAAACAUAAUAAACAUCCUAUCACUCCAAGGUUCCACUCAAGACUGCCGCACGACUAAAACAUACGUCACAACACUGCAUAGACAAUACGUCACGAAUCAGCACAAAAAUACGUCAUAAAGACAAUGGCGGGAAGAGCGUUCACUAACUAUAAUAGUCAAGCGCGGGAAAAGCGUUCAACAACUAAUGAACAUAAUAUUGAGUCGCAACAAUUACUAAUGAACGCUCAUACUCGACAGGGUCCUUUUGUCGAUUGUCCUCUUGUCGAGGGUCCUAUUAUCGGGGUACCUCUUGUCGAGGGUUCUUUUCCCUGGACUCUCUCUCUCUCUCUCUUAGGUCUUAUUUAUUUGUCACCGUUGUAGAAGGAUUUAACAAUGGCAUCACCACACUCGUGUCAAAAGAGUCAGGCCAAUGAUUGCACACAGUAAAUACAGCUACACGUUGAUACUAUCUACAGUUAUUCUUUGAUAAGUACAAUGUUCAAAAAAACAAUACCGAGGCAAUACAUCAAUCAUUGCUCGCUAUAUUAACUCAACGCCUCAUUACAGACACUACUACUAAAACUCUGACUAACAUCACUCUAUCUAACAGCACUCUGACUACCAGUACUCUGACAACUCUGACUCUGACUAACCGCUCUCGAAAAGUACUCUUACUACCAGCACUCUCGCUACCAGCGUUCUGACUACCAGCGUUCUGGCUACCAGCAUUAUAGGGGAAUUCCUUGGCUACUUUACACAAUUUUAAACUCUCACAAAAAUUGUUUUAUGGUUGUCCCAUUUUAUCCAAAGCCAAUUUUAACACAACAGUACAAUUGAGGCGUUAAACUCAAGAACUAGAAAAAAAAACCACACACACAAAACACGGUGAAUCUAAUCCCUUGACCCCCCCCCCCCAAAAAAAACAUACCGAAAAAAAAAAUUCGUCGAGGCAUAGAAUGACUGUCACGCAAGUAAAACUUAAAUUUUAUACCAUUAAAAUCUUAACAGAAGAAAAAAAAACAUUUCGUUUAAAAAAAUGUCAUUGUAUGCAGGCCUUCUGCAACUAUAUUUUCUGUAAUAAUUUUUCAUCAGUUUUCAAAUAGGUUACAACCAACACCUACUUAAAAACAUUUUACCGUACUGUAUCGUUUGAUUCUUUUACGUCCCAGAUCCACGGCCAAUGUGAACGGGGAAAUAUCUUACAGCCUCUCUGUUUCAAUGAACAUCUUUAGCAGAUGUCUCAACAUUUCACUAAAAAAACGGUCAUAGGUGUUAAUAAUAACUUGUAGAUUACAAGGAACUCAGAUGAACAUGAGCUUUUUUUUAAAAAAAAUAAUGAUCAAAAUUGUGUCACCUUUCUACGCAUCAGGAGGGCGCAAAACGAUAACUAACAAGAAAAAACACAAUGACAAACAAGAAAAAACACAAUAAGAAACAAGAAGAAACUGACAAGAAAAAAACAAUAACUUAGAAGACAAAAACAAUAACUAAAAAAAAACAACAACCAAUAGUUCACAAGAAAAAAACAAUAGCCGACAAGAAAAAAAAGAUAACUUCAAUAAAAAGCAAAAUAAUAACUAAAAAAAAACUAUCAAGGAAAAACAACAAGAACGAACAAAAAAAAACAAUAACAAACAAGAAAAAAACAUCCAGUAAGUUAUAAUGAAGACAGAGACGAAUGUCUGAGUAUAAUUCACAUGUCGUCGGUGGCGCCCCAACGGUCCAAGGACUAAGGGAUAUGAUGAUGAUGAUGAACUAAUAAUGAACCACUAAAUAUGGGCGGGCAUGCGUGGCACUGACAUGAAUUUAGUGUUGAGAAGGUGGGACAUUUCUGUUGUCCGCCGCUUCCCGUCUUUGCAUCCGUUCAAUUUAGAUGUUCUUUGGCUAUCACCCUUUGUGUCCUUUUACAAUGGUAUGUUAACAUACGGUCAAGGAACACAUAACACAUAUAGUCAAAGAACACACAACGCACAGCCAUUAUCAGUAUCUAGGGCGCUACAGCCCAUGUAAGGCCCUGGCCUGCUCCACCAUACCCUUGCAUUCGGAUAGAUCCAUGGCUUUCCGCCUCCAUGCGCGAACCUCCAACUGGUGUAAGUCUUUCUCUACUUCGUCGAUCCAUCUUACUCUUGGACGGCCCCAUCGUCUCUGUCAAUAGAUCUUUUUUGCUGCUAUACAAUCGGGGAUCCCCUCAAAUUAUACUGCCCAGGGUAGUCUGCCCCUUUUAAUUGAUGUGACUAUGUUUGGGUUUUUGUACAAUAAGGCACAGAAUGUGCUCUACACCACGAAUACAACAAAAUCAGAACAUUUACUGCUCUCUUGAAAAAAAAAAGGAAUGUUUGUUUUUUUACAACUCAAAUACAUAAAGAGCAAAACAAGCCUCUCCUGUCCUCUAUACCACGAAUACAGCAAAAUCUGAACAUGCACUGCUCUUUUGGGUUAAGGGAUUGUGCUACAAAUGGGACAGAAUGAGUUGUCCUCAGCGACAAGUCUAUGUGCCAAGUUUCAGUUCAAUAGGAUGUCGGGACGUGGGUCAUUUAGCUUCCCAAAAAUUUUGUCACAAACGCACGAACACACGAACAGAAGAGAAGUUUGUCUAAAAGAUUUUUUUUUUAAGGAACUGGUAGAAAUGAGAUUUAAAACAAAAUUUAAAUAGUAAUUUCACCGAAUUAAAAAAACUCCUGUUAUUGAAACUGCCGAGCCUCAAUACAACUUUUCUCUUACUUAUGUACCUUUCGAAUUCCCAAUUUUUCCAGAUUCUUCUGUUUUCUGUCCCGGGACUUGCACAUCAAAUGACGCACUGAUGUGCCUUGUGACGGGAACUCAAUGUAAUGUGGACGAGGUGCGUCCCGUAAUUGUACAGAGAUUGUGUUCUUCAAGAUUAAAUCAUAAAUAAUCUAAACGUCAAGGCAAUGAAUUCUAUAUGAUAGAGAGAGUUUGUAUAAACAUUUUCUUUCAGACUUCCGUGUUCGUCUAUAACAGUGAUUCUGAGGCAGGGACUCUUUCAUUUACAAGAAAUAUAUAUGUAUAUAAAAUCUAUUUAUUAUAUUUUUUAUUUAUAUAAAUCCCAGGUCAUUGUGUGCGACGGAUGAAUAUAUAUCUAAAUAUAUAAAUACAUAAUAUAUAUAUAAAAAUUUUAUAUUUAAUAAAUAUAAAUUUAUAAAUAAAAAUAAAAAAAUAAAAUAUAUAUAUAUAUAUAUAUAUAUAUAUAUAUAUAUAUAUAUAUAUAUAUAUAUAUAUAUAUAUAUAUAUAUAUAUAUAUAUAUAUAUAAUAUAUAUAUAUAUAUAUAUAUAUAUAUAUAUAUAAAAUAUAUAUAUAUUUAUAUAUACACACACACAUAUUAAAAAAAUGUCCAUUGAUUUUUUUUUUAAAUCUGGUCUCUAGUUUUGCCAAAUUGGCGUGGACCCAUUCCUCCAAGUUCACGGACACUGCAGAAAAUUGAAUCAGAUGCAGGUGACUUAAAUAAAUGUUAUGAAUUUUUUUUUUGUCAAAUCGUGCAUUGAAUGUUUUGUGAUCCGUCGACAAGUUAUACUUUUAUAGAGACGAGAGCAAAUUUAAGACUAAAAAAAAAUGACUCUCUAGCAUUGGAUGAAAGGAAGGGUGACUAAUUAAGGAACAGAGUUUGCAAGAUUGUUAUCAACAUAAGUCACUUUACUGCACACAAAUGAAACCUCUUUAUUUUAAUUUUAACCAACUUUAAUUAUGUUUUAAAUGAUGUAUUUUGUUUGGGAUUCAAAGAAUUGUCGAGACGAGCUGUCCAAGUUUUCCUGCACGAAUCCAGUCUUCCACGGCGGCCAUUUCAGUCAUUGCGUCUUUGACUGCUGCACGACUGACGCCUGCCUACAGGGUCACUUCGGGAACGACUGGAGUAGGUUUGGCCUUGAACUUGUAACCGAUAGGAUCGACGAGUCGCUCUGGCAACGCGUCGCGUAGGGACUCUCUAAUAUUCAAUUCACCGAUCAGUGCGACUAAAAUCAAUACUUCAAUACGAAAGACAUAACAGCGGGGUGUUAGGACUUUUCCAUGAAUGUGCUAGGUUCUUAGCACAGAACUAAAAUGUAUAAAGGUGACUCUGGGUCUGUUACAGCGACCUUUCGAGAUUCAGCGAGGAUUUUAGACCCAUAUCUUGUAGCUCAUGGUGACAUUAUUUAAAAAAAAAAAGAUUCCUUAAGUGCUGCAUAGAAAAUAACUUGCUGAAAAGAACAAGUCGUUAAGGCUGAUUGCAAGUGUUCGCAUAAAGAUUUAAACAAAUUACUUACUUGCAAAGAUUACCAUCACUGCAUCAGUUGCUUACAUUGACUACAGCGUGUGGUCAGGCAAGCAAAACGGCGGACGGACUUCUUGUGUUAAACGACUACGUUAGCGCAAGAGAAGGUUACUUACGAGGCUCAAAGGAACCUAAAAUGCUUAGGUCGUGUAUAGAAAAAACUGCUGCUGAUUAUGUCGUUGGUCUUUCUUGUGAAAUACCAUGUAUUUUUCUGUGCAUUAUGCUUGACAUAGUAUCAGAUAGCUUGACAAUGUAAGGGAUAGCUUGACAAUGUAAGGGAUAGCUUGACAUAGUAAGGGGUAGCUUGACAAUGUAAGGGAUAGCUUGACAUAGUAAGGGAUAGCUUGACAAUGUAAGGGAUAGCUUGAUAUAGUAAGGGAUAGCUUUGCAAUGUAAGGGAUAGCUUGACAUAGUAAGAGAUAGAUUGACAAUGUAAGGGAUAGAUUGACAAUGUAAGGGAUAGUUUGACAUAGUAAGGGAUAUCUUUACAAUGAAAGGGAUAGCUUGACAUAGUAAUGGAUAGGUUGAAAAUUUAAGGGAUAGCUUGACAUAGUAAGCGAAAACUUGAAAUAGUAAGGGAUAGCUUGACAAUGUAAAGGAUAGCUUGAAAAUGUAAGGGUUAGUUUGAUAAAGUAAGGUAUAGCUUGGCAUUGUUAGGGAAAACUUGACAUAGUAAGGGAUAGCUUGACAAUGUGAGGGAUAGCUUGAAAAUGUAUGAGAUUGCUUGAUAAUGUAAAGGAUAGCUUGGCAAAGUAAGGGAAAGCUUGUCAUAGUAAGGGAUAGCUUGACAUAAUCAGUGAUAGCUUGACACAGUAAUGGAUAGUCAAUGAUAAUCAAAGUUUAAUAAUUAAAAUAUAUUUAAAUACGUUUGUAUAAAUUAAAAUUCAAAUAUUUUCAAAUUUUUAAAAAUGUUUCUUUCAAAUUCAGAUAACAUUCACCAUUUGACGACGUGGCUGCCAGUGACUAACAUUAACACAGAUACAGACACCACCAAUAGACCACACAUCACGCAAGCACCAACAACAGCUACCGUAUUAACACAAGCACCAGCUACAACUCAUGCACCUACAACCAGAACAACACAAGCACCCACAACCACCACUCGAGCACCAACAACUACCACACACGCCCCUGCAACCACAACCACCACGCAUGCACCAGCAUCUACAACCACCACACAAGCACCAACGACCACUACCACCACACACGCACCAACAACUACGACCACCACACAAGCCCCCACAACAACCCGGGCUACCACACAAGCACCAACAACAACAUCUACCACACAAGCACCGGCAACCACCACACAGGCACCUACAACAACAACUACAAAGGCUGCUACACAAGACCAUAUCGUUCUGACAUUUAGGCCGCAAAGCACUGUAGAAAGUCUCGUCUCUGUUCAUACACCGGUGCCGGCCGCUACAGCAGAGACAAUAGAAACCCACAAUGGUAAGUGAAUAAGGAUAAGAACUAGUUGAGAUAUGUUCAUCCGUUAACAGUGCGGGAUUGCGGGCUGUGGGGUGGUGCGGAGGGAGGGGGAGGGGGGAAACUGAAGAAAUGACACUUUUUUAAAGUUAAACCUUACUUGCCUUUUGUCAGUUACGAUAUGUUUGUUCAAUACGCAAUUUACUUCUGAUGGCUUUAAGAACCACCAAUCAACUGUGUAGCUCAAGAUUUUUUUUUUUUUAAUACACGGUAACAAAUUUAAAAGUCAGAAAUUUAUUUAAUCUAACUAUUUUUGUUUUUUUUGAAAGGGUUAAAACUGAAAAGAAAAAAAAAACAGGACGAAAUGAGUAGAAACAGGGAGUAGUGAAAGAAGGUUUACGUUAAAGCUUUAUAUGAAAAGGCAAGACAAUCAAUUGAGAACAUUUCGGCUAAAAGCCUUCUACAGUAUAUUAGCGAAAACGGCAAAUAUAUUGAAAGAAGGUCUAUAAAAAAUGAGUUUUUUCAAUUCGCGCAUUUUUAAGGUCAAAUGGCACGACCUUAACCUUCACUGGGCAUCCAAACGUCACUUCAAACAAAAGUUUGUUUUUUUCGAUUGCCCCUUUUUUGUAAUUUUUUUUAAGUGACAUUUUUAUCAAGAAUGAAAAAGUCCGUAUUUAUUGGGUUGAUACUUUAACGAGACACAGCUAUCUUAUUUAUUGGGUUGAUACUUUAACGAGACACAUGUAUCGUUUUAUUGAGUUGAUACUUUAACGAGACACAUGUAUCGUAUUUAUUGGGUUGAUACUUUAACGAGACACAUGUAUCGUAUUUAUUGGGUUGAUACUUUAACGAGACACAUAUAUCGAAUUUAUUGGGUUGAUACUUUAAAGAGACACAUGUAUCGUAUUUAUUGGGUUGAUACUUUAACGAGACACAUGUAUCGUAUUUAUUGGGUUGAUACUUUAACGAGACACAUGUAUCGUAUUUAUUGGGUUGAUAUAUUAACGAGACACAUGUAUCGUAUUUAUUGAGUUGAUACUUUAACGAGACACAUGUAUCGUAUUAAUUGGGUUGAUACUUUAACGAGACACAGAUAUCGUAUUUAUUGGGUUGAUACUUUAACGAGACACAUGUAUCGUAUUUAUUGAGUUGAUACUGUAACAAGACACAUGUAUCGUAUUUAUUGGGUUGAUACUUUAACGAGACACAUGUAUCGUAUUUAUUGGGUUGAUACUUUAACGAGAUUCAUGUAUCGUAUUUAUUGGGUUGAUACUUUAACGAGACACAUGUAUCGAAUUUAUUGGGUUGAUACUUUAACGAGACACAUGUAUCGUUUUAUUGAGUUGAUACUUUAACGAGACACAUGUAUCGUAUUUAUUGGGUUGAUACUUUAACGAGACACAGAUAUCGUAUUUAUUGGGUUGAUACUUUAACGAGACACAUGUAUCGUAUUUAUUGAGUUGAUACUGUAACAAGACACAUGUAUCGUAUUUAUUGGGUUGAUACUUUAACGAGACACAUGUAUCGUAUUUAUUGGGUUGAUACUUUAACGAGAUUCAUGUAUCGUAUUUAUUGGGUUGAUACUUUAACGAGACACAGAUAUCGUAUUUAUUGGGUUGAUACUUUAACGAGACACAGAUAUCGUAUUUAUUGGGUUGAUACUUUAACGAGACACAGGUAUCGUAUUUAUUGGGUUGAUACUUUAACGAGACACAGAUAUCGUAUUUAUUGGGUUGAUACUUUAACGAGACACAGAUAUCGUAUUUAUUGGGUUGAUACUUUAACGAGACACAGAUAUCGUAUUUAUUGGUUUGAUACUGUAACGAGACACAUGUAUCGUAUUUAUUGAGUUGAUACUUUAACGAGACACAUGUAUCGUAUUAAUUGGGUUGAUACUUUAACGAGACACAGAUAUCGUAUUUAUUGGGUUGAUACUUUAACGAGACACAUAUAUCGUAUUUAUUGGGUUGAUACUGUAACGAGACACAUGUAUCGUAUUUAUUGAGUUGAUACUUUAACGAGACACAUGUAUCGUAUUUAUUGAGUUGAUACUUUAACGAGACACAGAUAUCGUAUUUAUUGGGUUGAUACUGUAACGAGACACAUGUAUCGUAUUUAUUGAGUUGAUACUUUAACGAGACACAUGUAUCGUAUUUGUUGAGUUGAUACUUUAACGAGACACAUAUAUCGUAUUUAUUGGGUUGAUACUUUAACGAGACACAGAUAUCGUAUUUAUUGGGUUGAUACUGUAACGAGACACAUGUAUCGUAUUUAUUGAGUUGAUACUUUAACGAGACACAUGUAUCGUAUUUAUUGAGUUGUUACUUUAACGAGACACAUAUAUCGUAUUUAUUGGGUUGAUACUUUAACGAGACACAGAUAUCGUAUUUAUUGGGUUGAUACUUUAACGAGACACAGAUAUCGUAUUUAUUGGGUUGAUACUUUAACGAGACACAUAUAUCGUACUUAUUGAGUUGAUACUUUAACGAUACACAUAUAUCGUAUUUAUUGUUGUUACUUCUGCAACUUGACAAAAAUCUCGUAUUUAUUGUUGUUGAUGCUGCAAUUGGACACAGAUAUCCAGACAUUUCCCACAUGACACAAGUGCGAAAAAAGCUUUGAAUUCCAGACAUCUAACAUAGUUGAUAGUGGGUUUUUUUUUAAUAAAAGAAAAUAAAAAAUCCAUUUUAAGUCGAUAGAUCAGGAACAGAAAGUUAAUCCAUUAGUUGGUGUAACAUAGGUUCAUCUUUUCAGAAGUCUUGCUGGUCUCUACGUUGAAUUUUUUUUUUUCAGGCAAUAUACGUUUUUACACAUUCACUUUAUACGAGUUUAUCACAGUUCAGCAAGUUUCUCUAGUGAAGCUAAUUCUUAUUAAGGCCUUUAAACCAUAUGCAUAUAACUAGUUAUGGCUCGCCAAACAUUAUCGACAGCAAUGCGUGAACUUCCCAUCUAGUAAAGUCACUUGACAAAAUAUGAACUCAAGUAACGCACAUUUAAGAAUCCCAAUUUUGCUACACCCCUUCCCCAUGAUACGUCACUGCACAUUUUUUACAUCACGCCCAUGAACUGUAUUACUAUUCUGACGUCCCGACCACUUUUAAACCGAAUAUUUAUUACACCAAAUUUAAUUUGAGGCGACAUCAUUAUUCGAUAUGAAAAUAUUACGCACCAAAAGCAGUUGCGUUAUUUAAAACAAAACAUUUAGCGUAGUUAACCGAUAUUAUAUUUUGCGCUCUACGAGGACAUGGGAGCAGUCACACCUCAAGCAAAAGAUAUAAGAGGUUGUGCUUGCAUUUUUCUUUGACAGACGCCCCAGUUUUCUGCACAAUUUGCUCUGACGCGGAAUGCACAGCUUCUACCCACAUUCAAUUCUGCAUGCCAGGCUUCUGUAAAGUGACCAUCACUGAUGACCCUAGCGGGAAAAUGCUUCUGACGAAAAGGUGAAUAUAUAUCUUGUGAAAAAAAAGGUUUGAUAAUGUCAAAAACUGAAAUGCGUCUUCUGGGAUUUUGUGUGUCGAAUGCCGUGCUUUUUGAUGAUGCAGGUUGUUUCACUGAUACUCCCCUUCGUCUCAACGUCUCUCAAUAAAACUAUGUUCUCGGGUGAAUAAAGUCAAAGUCACAGAACCUGACCGUCAUCUUGAAGGCCCACAGCGUAGGGCCACUCGUUAAACCAGGAAUACGAUGCAGCAAUGAACUAGACCAGUGGUCGGCAAACUCAUCAGUCGAAAGAGACACAAAUCAGCAGCAGUAUUUAAAAAAAAAAAAAUUUAGAGCCACAUUUCUUUUCAAGAAUCUGUCAAGAACCUUACUUUUUCUGAGUCAAACCCGAUUUGUGGCGGGCUUUCCCGCUUUCAAGGUGCCGACCACUGGAAUUAACAAUAACAAAAUAAAAAUUAGAUGAUUUAAAAAAAAAUUCCCAUGAUUAGUGUUGAUUUUUUAUGCGACCAGUCAUUCUCGACAUUUUGAUAAUGAAUUCUUGAUAUUUUAAAUAUUGGGAUAAAGGAAUUUUGAUAUUUUAAGUAUUGGGGUAAUGGAUUAUUGAUAUUUUAAAUAAAGGGAUAAUGGAUUCUUGAUAUUUUAAAUAUAGGGAUAAUGGAUACUUGACAUUUUAAAUAUAUUGAUAAUGAAUUCUUGUCAUUUUAUAUAUGUUGAUAAUAUAUAAUAUAUCUCAACAAAUCUUAGAGUAAUUAUUUUAGAAUCGGUAUUUACUUUUCGCAUGUUAUUAAGUAUUAGGUAUUGCCCGUGGUUUUUAGAUUCCACAAAUUGGCAGAAGGGAAGGUACAUUUUGAAACCUCAAGAAAUAUUAGAAAAAAACUCCUGUUUGUUUUAUUUACAAAAAUAUAUUUAUUUUCACAUCUGGCUACUUUGGUGAAAACUUAUAUUGCAAAUGUUGUAAUCAUCUCCCGGUAGUUUUCUUGGCUUUUGCGUUUCCGUCUUACAGGCCUCAAUUUGUGUUGGGUUCCCAGAACUGAUGCACACAACGUGGAGUUGACCAUGAAUUAUAAGCAAAUAUGUGUUUAGAAAUUUACAAUAUAUACAAUUUUCGUAAAUACAACAGAACCUGCAAAUCAGUGUUCUUAAGAAUUCCAUUUAGAAAUAGAAAAUUUUAUUUAUCUGGUCUAUUUAACACUAAUUUGCGCUCCGUUUUGAGUAAUUUAUCGGGAAUACCAAUUGGAGCGCAUUUGAACUCAGAGCUAUAUAAUGACAUUAGCAUAUAUAUGUGUGUGUAUUAGAAUUGACUAAAUUGUAUUAUUUUUUCCCAGAUUGAGUAAUAGAUGUGUGGAUAGAAUAGAUGAUAGGGAUAAAUCUUCAUCUCAGACUUAACUAUGUAUGAACACAUUAUGAAGCCAUCUUAAACAUCUUUAUGAAAAUCAUCUCUACCGCUAACAUUGGCAAUCUUGUCUUUUUGUUUUUUUCCCCCCCAAAAAAGUUGUGCCACGAGAUCCGAGUGCCGCGCCCUCUGGUGGGAUCAAACAUCCCGCAACCCACAGUGUAUGAAUACGUUGUCCACCCUGACCGCGGCGACCCACAGCGACUUGACCUGUUCCUUCUGCUGCCAGAGCUCCUACUGCAGCGACAACUUGUCUGCCAGCAACCUCGUCCAAUUCAACUAGAGGACAACACCCAAGAUGAAACACGUCUCUCUCUGACUGCGGGAGGCUUUUGUUGGCGAUAUGAAAGAUUGUCAACAUCUAAUUAAAAAUUGAUUGU